AUGAACCCCCAGCCGGCAGACUUCAGGUUCAACUGUAUUUGGGGAGGCGAAAUUAUCUCCCAAGAUGAGUUGUUGCGUCGACUCGGUCCGGAAGGAUGCAAAGAUUGGGUUGAAAGGGGUCAAGGCUUAAUCAAUCAGUUUGGACCUCAUGCUGCCAAAAGCCCUGCUGGAACAGCCCAUGAAAACAUUCAGCAGAGAGGAAACGCCAAGGUUGAGAAAACCCCCAGAACCAAAUCUUCGCAGGACAUGGACAAUAUUCGAAAGAUCAGGCGUCUGAUGGAGCGAGUUGAGGUAUUGGAGGACAAAAAUCGGUCUUUGAAGAGAAAGAAGACCGAGUUCGAAUACAAGCAGGCAAAGAUGGUGAAGCUGCUUACAGAUGAGUGA